AUGCUGCCCCUCCUUCCUCUUUUGCUGCUGCUCCUCAGCAUCUGCACCACCGCGCUUGCCGACACCGCCGCCGUCGCAGCUGCUGCAAUUUCCUGGCAGUCUCCCACCAACGUCUCGCUGCUGCGCGACAACUCGGCCAACUGCACCUGCUACGCCAUCACCACGCGCGACGGCACAGUCGAUGACGGAUCCGAUGCCGACGUCCAGGCCUACUUCGCCUACCACCGCUUCUACGACUUCCGCGGUCUGGCUGGCACUGCGAAGCAGUUCUCCAACACGCCGGAUCCCGUUGACGAAGACCAAGAUGAGGGCGCUGAGGAUGUCGAGGACCCCAUCGUCAUGAACUCGGAUGCUUGGAACAGCGAGUGGGGUAUUCAGAACUGGGGCAAGAAUGCCACGGAAGAAUUUCCUGUGCGCAUGGUCAAUUCCCCGAGGAACAUCUACAUCAGCCAGACCAGCGUCUCGGAUGCCGGUACCGACGGCUCGACGAACUCACUCCCGACUUAUCUGACGCUUCGUACUGUGCGCCUGCCCGACUUUCAAUCUGCCGCAGAGAUUGAGCACGAGCAAAAGAACCUGAUGCACGCAUCUGUGCGUAUGCGGGCGCGCGUCGUGGGUGCGCCUGGCGCCGUCGCUGGCUUCUUUACCUUCAUCGACGACGACAACGAGAGCGAUGUCGAGAUUCUGACGGAUGACCCAAAGGGCGUGAUCCGCUACACGAACCAACCCUCCGUCAAAGACGGCGACGAAGUCCCCGAGUCUAGCGCGCGCGUCAAUGCGCUCCCGGAUUGGGACGACUGGCAAACCCACCGCAUUGACUGGUUGCCGUACCGCAGCGCCUGGUACAUCAACGGCGAGCUCACGGCCACCAACACGUACAGCAUCCCGCGCCGCCCCUCGUAUCUCGUCCUCAACAUGUGGAGCGACGGCGGCGAAUGGAGCGGCAACAUGUCGGUCGGCGGCGUCGCAGAGUUGCAAGUCCAGUGGGUCGAAAUGCUGUUCAACACGUCCGGACCUGUUGAAGGACCAGGCGAUCAAGACGACAAGCGCAAGAUGAAGCGGACGAAUGCCCACGCCAAGCGCGGCGUGCCGGUGUUGGAGAAGCGCAAGAAGAAGAAGAAGCACUGCGACGUUGUCUGCGCCAUUGACGACGUGGACCGCGUCGGCUAUCCCGAGGUCAGGCACGUCUCGAGCUUGGCUGCGGCGGUGGCGGCGCCCGCGCUCGGCGCGUGGGGCUUGCUGGGCAUGGCGGCGCUCGUGGCGUUGAUGGCUGGGCUGUGA